AUGGCAUCUCCCCGUUACACAUCCAAGCCUGCCGACCCCUCUCCCCUGGCUCAACCCCUCACCUUCCCCUUCUCUAAUCGCACAUCACCAAAUCGCUUCCUCAAAGCUGCGAUGACCGAGCGCCUGUCAACUUGGCACCCUACGGAGUACCCUAAGCGUGGCAUUCCUACGCCUGAGCUAGUCAAUAUCUAUCGUCGGUGGGGCGAAGGCGGUCUUGGACAUAUCUUGACUGGUAACAUCAUGAUCGACUACGACCAACUCGAAGCACCCGGAAAUAUGAUAAUCCCGCCCGCUGCAGAGUUCUCUGGCGACCGCUUUUCGGGCUUCAAAGACCUUGCCAUUUCUGCGAAGAAACACGGCUCCUUGAUUGUAGGCCAAGUCUGCCAUCCCGGACGCCAGGUCGAAGAUCGGAUACAAAAAGACCCCGUCUCGGCGAGCGACAUCCAACUGAAAGCUACGCCAUUCGGCGUCAGCUACGCAAAACCGCAUGCAGCAAGUCAGACGGAAAUUGAUGCUAUUGUGGAGAACUUUGCGCAUGCGGCAGAGUUUCUAGAGAAGGCGGGAUUUGAUGGGAUACAAUUACAUGCUGCUCACGGGUAUUUACUCGCGCAGUUUUUGUCUGAGAGAACAAACAAGAGAACUGAUCAGUAUAACGGGAGCCUCACCAACCGCGCGCGCUUGAUCAUCGACGUAGCUCACGCUAUCCAGAAACGUGUCUCUGCCAGCUUCAUCAUCGGUAUCAAAUUAAACAGCGUCGAAUUUCAAUCCGGCGGCUUCCAACCAGAAGAAGCGCGCGAGCUUGUUAAACUACUCGAAGCAAACCGUUUCGACUUCGUGGAGCUAUCUGGCGGGACUUAUGAGGAGAACGCAUUCCAGCAUAAGAGAGAGAGUAGUGUGGAGAGGGAGGCUUUCUUUAUCGAGUUCGCAGAUCUCAUUGUUCCGGCCCUGACAAAGACGAAGAGCUACGUCACAGGUGGCUUCAGGACAGUGGGUGCGAUGGUAGAUGCGCUGGAUACGGUUGAUGGGGUGGGACUUGCGAGACCGCUAUGUGCGGAGCCGCGUCUCGUGAAGAAUUUGCUUGAGGGGAAGGUGACUGGCGCGAUCAAGCACGUCUUCGACGAGAACGACUUUGCCUUCACCAAUUUCUUAGCCGGUACCCAAAUGCGCCAAAUAGGCAAAGAUCAGGAACCGCUGGAUGCUAGUGAGGGUGAAGUGGCUGAAGGGUUCAAGAAGGACUUUGACAAGUUCAUACAGUUGUCCAAGAAAGAUGCUAAUCUUGAAAUGUGGGGUUAUGCAGAUUUGGAGAACGUGACUGUUGUGCCGUAUGGAAGUUCUGCUGGAAGUUUGGUGGUUUGA